ACAGUGGACUCGUCCGUCGGUAGGCCUUUGCAGUAGGGAGUUGUUUGGCGGACCUGCAAGUUUUUCCUUACUUUACAUGUUAUUUUCGUUUGUCUGAGAAGAGUAAAAAACACUGUAUUUGGAACUAUUCGCCGCCUUAUUUGUUGGGAUUGUCGACGAACCACUACAGGGAAGUGUUCGGGGUGUACAAGUACAAAGAAAGAAAGAAGAAAGGCAGUAGAAGACUCGGACUGUCCGCGGCUGAGCUUAUGAUGCCGACGUUGCGGGACAGCACCAUGUCCCACCCCGGGGAGAAUUCCCACCAAGUCCGGGUCAAAGCCUAUUAUAAAGGGGACAUUAUGAUCACACACUUUGAACCGUCCAUCUCCUACGAAGGGCUGUACGGAGAGGUCAGAGACAUGUGCUCCAUGGACAACGACCAGCUCUUCACCAUGAAAUGGAUCGACGAGGAAGGCGACCCCUGCACCGUCUCAUCGCAGCUGGAAUUGGAAGAAGCCCUGCGUCUCUACGAACUCAACAAAGACUCGGAGCUCAUUAUCCACGUGUUCCCAUGUAUACCAGAGAAACCUGGCAUGCCGUGUCCAGGAGAAGACAAGUCCAUAUAUCGCCGCGGAGCCCGGCGCUGGAGGAAGCUUUACUACGCCAGCGGCCAUGCCUUCCAGGCCAAACGCUUCAACAGGCGAGCCCACUGUGCCAUCUGUACAGACCGGAUCUGGGGUCUGGGGAGACAAGGCUACAAAUGCAUCAACUGCAAGCUGCUGGUGCACAAGAAGUGCCACAAAAUGGUCACCAUGGAGUGCGGCAGGCCCAUAAUCCAGGAACCAAUCAUGCCCGGCCCACCCUCGGGUCAAGUAGAACCAGCUGACCAGCCAACAGUCCCUCAACAUAAAGAAUCCCAGGAAAGCUUGACUUACGACGGUGAAGAGAAGGAGGCGCGCAGCAGUCGGGACACGGGGAAGUCUCCCUCCAGCCUGGGCCUGGCCGACUUCGACCUGCUGAGGGUGAUCGGCAGAGGGAGCUACGCCAAGGUGCUGCUGGUGCAGCUGAAGAAGACGGAGCGCAUCUACGCCAUGAAGGUCGUCAAGAAGGAGCUCGUCAACGACGACGAGGACAUCGACUGGGUCCAAACAGAAAAGCACGUCUUCGAACAGGCCUCCAAUCACCCCUUCCUGGUCGGCCUCCACUCCUGUUUCCAGACGGAAAGCAGACUUUUCUUCGUUAUUGAAUACGUAAACGGCGGCGAUCUCAUGUUCCACAUGCAGAGACAAAGGAAACUCCCAGAAGAACACGCCAGAUUCUACUCAGCAGAAAUCAGCAUGGCGCUGAAUUACCUCCACGAGCGGGGCAUCAUCUACAGAGACCUGAAGCUGGACAACGUGCUGCUGGACUCGGAGGGCCACAUCAAGCUGACGGACUACGGCAUGUGCAAGGAGGGUUUGAGACCGGGCGACACGACGAGCACUUUCUGCGGUACCCCAAAUUACAUCGCACCAGAAAUCCUGCGAGGCGAGGAUUACGGCUUCAGCGUGGACUGGUGGGCGCUGGGCGUGCUGAUGUUCGAGAUGAUGGCGGGCCGCUCGCCCUUCGACAUCGUCGGCAGCUCCGACAACCCAGACCAGAACACAGAAGACUAUCUUUUCCAAGUAAUAUUGGAGAAGCAGAUCAGGAUCCCCCGCUCGCUGUCGGUCAAAGCCGCCAGCGUCCUCAAGGGAUUCCUCAACAAGGAUCCCAAGGAGCGCCUGGGCUGCCACCCGCAGACGGGCUUCGCCGACAUCAUGGGCCACCCGUUCUUCAGGAACGUCGACUGGGAACUGCUGGAGCAGAAGCAGGUGGUCCCGCCUUUCAAGCCCAACAUCUCAGGAGAAUUCGGACUCGAUAACUUCGACGCCCAGUUCACCAACGAGCCCAUCCAGCUCACACCCGACGACGACGAUGUGGUGAAGAAGAUCGACCAGUCUGAGUUUGAAGGAUUCGAGUACAUCAACCCCCUGCUGAUGUCUGCAGAGGAGUGUGUGUGA